AUCAUCACCUCCUGCUCCAGGACUCGGCCCUCGUCCCUGACACUGUUGACGUCUCCAUGGAAACGUUGGCGUCCUUUUGGACGAGUGUCCCCGCUGACCUCCGUGACCUGGGACAGAGGCGGGACGGAGCGCCAGGUUUAUGGGGAACUCCUCCGGGCAGCUUCAUGUGGUCUGAGCAGCUCUCCCCGCACCUGCAGAGGAACCAACAGCUCCAGGACACUCUGCUGCAGAGGGAGGAGGAGGUGGUCAGGCUGCAGGAGGAGAACAACAAACUCAGGGAGUUCCUCAGCUCCUCCUUCGUGAGGAACCUGGAGCAGAAAGCAAAGAAGCUGUCCUCUGAUGGGAGGAGACAGCUGAAGAGGAGCCUGGCGUCCCUGAGUCAUGUCCCCCCAUCGUCCCCCCACCAGGUCUCUAAGAGGGUCUGCAGGAACCUCACGGCCGAGUUCUGCUCCGAGUCCUCGGGUUCAGAACCAAACCUGGACCUGUGGGUCCUACGGACGCUGGGACUGAAGGACAGAGACACCAUCGAUACGUCCCCCCAGUCCUCCGACUACGACCUCAGUACUAGUCUAGUCCUGGACACUGCCGUCCAUCCGUCCUCGUCCCCUGAAGACACCACGUCCACGCCGUCCUCCAGGUCUCCAGGGGACCCCACUGCCUCUGGACGGGCCGGCCCGUCCCACCUGUCCACUGCCUUCACGGGACACCCCACCAAACCUCUGGACUUCUGGUCUUUGACGCCAAACGUCCAGACUCCAUCUCAGGACCUGGUCCAGCUCAGUCCCCCAGCAGAGACCCUCUACUUCCACCCGGGGUCCACGUCCACUCCCACAAAGAACCAGACCUGGACCCCGAUCAGCAGCUGCAGUCCGUCCAGUCCCAGGACCCCCCUCAGCCGGACGGACUUAGCCUUCAGCAUGUCCCUCAGUCCAUCCAGCAGCGUCAAGACCCACAGCUUCCCCCAGGGACAGGCCUUCGUCCGGAGGGACACCGGGGGCCGGUGGGACUUCACCUGGGUCCCCAGACAAGGACCAUAGGCUGGGGGGACACGGACAGGUUCAGGUCCAGGGUCGCGGACACAUGUCCUCUUUAAACAGAGACGUUAUGUCUCCCUGCAGACCUGGACUCUGGGCUCAGCACCUCUAAAGGGGGGUCUGGGACCACCUCCAGACCUGGACUCUAGAGACCAGAUGGGGUUAGUGAAGGGGCCUCAGAUAGUUCCUGACCCCAGUACCGAUCCACCUCAGACCAGUUCUUCAUUUUAUUCUCUGUGAUGUUAAAUAUUUAGUUUAAACUGAGAGACACUGCCAGACUGACCAGGACCAGGACCAGGACC